AUGACUUCUUCUUCUUCUUCCACCAAAGUGACCCUUAAGCUUCUGGUUGAUACAAAGGAAAACAAAGUUCUAUUUGCAGAAGCAUCAAAAGCUGCCAUAGACAAUCUCUUAAACAUGUUUCGCUUGUCUUUUGGUAAUGUUGUUAGGUUCAUGAGCAACGACGACGUGCAUUUGUUGGGUAGCUUAGGAAGUCUGUAUCACACUAGUAGUACUGUCCAAAACCUCAACCACAAUCGAGGAAACUCGUUCUACAUGUGUCCAAAUGGAUGCAUUUUCGGUAUAUCUUGCGAUCAUUGCUCGCGAGUAAUGAACCAUGAUGAAACACGUUGUGUCGCUAUCAAAGAUCAAAAUGUAACUUUUAUCUUGAUGGAUGAUUUAGUUAUUAAGCCCUUCUCACCAAUUUCAAUUAUUACAUUACUCAACAAAUUCAAUUUCAAACAAGUUGGUACUUUGCAAGAAAUGGUGGUUGAGUUUGGUAUGGAUGAGUGUGUCGAGUUACUUAAGACCUCGUUGCAGUCAAAGAUGGUUUUAACAAGUGUUUUUAUCAAGAACAAAAAUAAGAAGGACUUCACAAUCUUCACAGUGAGAAUGUUAUCAGUACUUAAAAUCAUGGGUUAUUUGGUUUUCAGCUUUAUUGGUUAUUUGGUGGAUUGUUCAACUUCUAGCCCACUCCAAGACAAGGAUUUUGGAAAUGUUCUGUUGCUUAGAAACUCUUUUCACAAACUUAGAAAUCUCAAACCAAGUCCAUGUGCUGUAAUUUUUGUUUUCUUAUUUGAGAUGUGA